AUGAGUUAUUAUGGAAAUGAUAUUUAUCGAUGGUCAUCGAGGAAGGCAGAAGAUGAGGAAAAGGAAAAGAAGUAUAAUGAAUUAAUGCAACGACAAAAGGAAGGAAAAGCUUCGGACACUGCUGUUGAAAACGAUUAUUUUGAAGGGGACGAUUCUGAUGAAGAUAAUAAUAAUGUUGAUGAUGAAGAGGAAAAAUCUGAUGACACAAAAAUACAAAAGAAUAAUAAGAAAAAUGGAGUUGAAAAAGAAAAGGAAGAGGAUGAAGAUGAUGAUGAAUUAGAUGCAUUUAUGGCAGAAAUAAAUAAACAGGCACAAACAGAAAUACAUGAAAGUAGACAAAAGGAAGAACAUGUAAUAAAUACAGGUGACUUUACAGGAGGACAGGAAGGAAGAGAUGAUAUUGAACAAGAAGAUAUGCAAGAAAGCAUGAUUAAAUUUAUGGAAGAAUAUAAAGAAAGACAUGCAAGUGAUGACGAGGAUGAAAAUGUUGUUGAAUACGAUGAAGAAGGAAAUGUUAUAUGGACAUGGAAGAAGGAAAUUGACCCUCUGCCACCUAUUGACCAUUCGGAAAUUGAGUAUAAACCUUUUGAAAAGAAUUUUUAUUCUGAACAUCCAGACAUUGCAGAUUUGACAUUACAACAAGCAUUUGAAUUGAGGAUUACUUUGGAUAUUCGUGUUUAUGGACAAAAUAUCCCAAAACCAGUUGUUAGUUUUGGACAUUUCCAAUUUGACAAACCUAUAAUGAAUUUAAUUGUUAAAAAUGAAUUUGAAAAGCCAACGCCUAUACAAGCACAGGCAGUUCCAGCAGCUUUAUCAGGCAGGGAUGUUUUGGGAUUAGCAAAAACUGGAAGUGGAAAAACUUUGGCUUAUAUUUGGCCUACAAUUGUGCAUAUAAUGAAUCAAGAAGAAUUAGCACCGGGAGAGGGACCGAUUGCUUUAAUUGUUGUUCCGACAAGAGAAUUGGCUAUUCAGGUUUACAACGAAGCAAAGCGUUAUACUUCCCUUUACAACAUUGCACUAGUUUGUGCUUAUGGUGGUGGAUCCAAAUAUGAGCAGAAAAAAGCUUUGGAAAAUGGGGCUGAAUUAGUUAUUGGAACACCUGGAAGAAUAAUUGAUUUGGUUAAAAUUGAAGCAACAAACUUUUUAAGAACAACAUUUCUUGUGCUUGACGAGGUUGAUAGAAUGUUCGAUUUGGGAUUUGAAGCCCAAGUAAAAUCAAUAUCAGAUCAUAUCCGGCCAGAUAAACAAUGUUUAGUCUUCAGUGCAACAUGUAAACCAAAAAUUGAAAAAUUAAUAAUGCACGUCUUAUAUAAUCCAAUAAAAAUUUUGUGUGGGGAUAUUGGUGAAAAUACUUGUGUUCAACAACAAAUAAUUGUUUUGUAUAAUCAAGAAAUGAAAUAUGAAUGGCUUUUUAGAAAUAUUGUUAAUUUUAUUACAAUGGGAAAAGUACUCAUUUUUGUGACUAAGAAAGCUGAUGCUGAAGAUGUUUCAAAGAAAUUGGCUUUGAGAGAUUUGGAAACGGUUUUACUGCAUGGGGAUAUGCAUCAACAGGAAAGAAAUGAAAGAAUAACCUCGUUCCGAACAAAUAAAUCUGUUUUGGUUGCAACAGAUGUAGCAGCAAGAGGAUUGGAUAUCCCAGAAAUUAGAAAUGUAAUUAAUUUUGAUGUUGCUAGAGAUAUUGAUACACAUAUUCAUCGUAUUGGAAGGACUGGAAGAGCUGGUCAUCAAGGCUCUGCAUAUACUUUGGUGUUAGAAAAAGAUUCAGAAUUUUGUGCUCAUUUAAUUGAAAAUUUAAAAUCAUCAGAUCAAGAAAAAUUAAUUUAUAAUGAACUUGAACAAAUUGCAUUAAAAUGCCCUUGGUAUGCAAAAAGACAAGAAAAAGAAAAAAAUUUGAGUGGAGGAAAAGUGACAGAUGCAGCAGGAAAUUAUAUUGGAAUAAAUCAAUUUAAACCUAAAGAAAGGCCUGGAUUUGGAUUAAAAAAGGCUCCUACAACAAGUGGUGGUUUUGGUUUAGAAGGGGGAUCGUCUGGAGGAGGAGGUGGAAGUUCUUCAAUUUUACAGAAUCAACCAAGCAUAACAAAACAAAUAGCGAGAGCAAAAACUUUAGUGGGAAGUGGAGGAGCUGCAGGAAUGAAUAAAAUUGAUAUAAUGAGAUCUGCACUUAAAGUAUAA